AUGUUGAGAAAUACAGCAAGCUGUCCACCUACUAUAUCUAUUAUAUCGAGUGAUGGCACUAGAUUUGUCAUCCCUGCCAAAGCUGCUGAAUAUUCUCUACUCUUGAAAAGCGCUCUUGAGCGCUGGACGCUAGAGUACCUUUCACAAUCCUCCACAGCGAUUAAUAACGAUGAUGAUGAGGAUGACGACGAUCUUGAUAUAUACGAGGUGUCGACUAUACCCCUCCACCGCUCUUCCACGUCAGAACAGUCAGACAUGGACAGUAGCAGUAGCUCCACCAGUAGCUCAUCCAUAGAUGACGGCAGCUUCGCCAAUUGUAGUCUAUUGCCAAGGCAACAAGCGACUGCGCCACCGCCCACACCUUUUAACGGCAUCUCACAAAAGGAUGAAACAGGACCCCAUAUGGGCCUGGUUGCUGAUUCUGUAGCAUCUGAUAACUGCAGUAGAACUUUGGUAAAAAGUGAUGACGACAGAGAGACCACAUACGUCAGUCUUCUGAAUAUUUCGAGCCCUGCGCACGAACCCUAUGUACCUCAACGUAGAACAAACUUGAAUGACUCUGGUGGCGGCUUCCAUUCCGUUCCAUUAAAAGGAAACAUUCAUGAGGUACACGAGCCCGCAGAGAAUGGCGGAGCGACGUUCGAAAAUACACCGUCGUACUUUAGCGCACCAAGCUGUACAGUGUGUUUGAGCACACAAACGAGGUUUAAGGCGCAAAAAUGUGAUAUUGAAAGUAGGUAUAAUACCGAUGAUAGUAAUGGCGAAGGUCUUGAGAAAGAACACUCCCCUACGGUUGUCGUUAUAGAAGAAAACCAUGCUGACCCUGAAGACCCUGAUGGGUGGUUUGGUGCAGCACCUACGGAAAUGCCAGGUUCUAGCUUGCUUGACACCCCAAACGAGAGAGGUGAGGCUGCAGAGGAUAACCUCAAGGAUGUGCAUAAGGUCCGCCACAACUCUCAUAGCUCGGCGCUUAAAUCUACAAACCUGAGCAAUUCAUCGGACAAUAGAAACAGCCCACAAAGUGAAUGGAAAUCCCCGGCAAGUGUGCACCAGCGCACCCCGGUAAUGCUCGAAGAUGAUGACAAAGUUAUCAUUAUGGGCAGCAAUGGCCAGCAGGAGAUAUUGCAUAGUUUAGGACGAUUGAGCACGUCCCCAUGUGCGGAAACCACAGAAAAACCAUGCUAUGGGAUUAGUAGUAAUGGCUACGAAGUUGCCUCAAAGAACAACUACAUCGACGCCUGUAGUGGAAAUAGUUAUGCCCAUGGAAACAAUGAGCAGCCACCAGGAAGUUGUGCGGACGUGGAUGAACGAUCAGUACCUUUGUCCACUUCGUCUGACCCGGCGGUGCUACCCCUUGGUGCUAAGAACCAUGCCGACACGCACAACGAUAUGACGGUUGAUCUCGGCGAUAUUUUCGAUCAGGCACAUAUCACACCUGGCGAGAUUCUCAUUGACCUUCGCUCCUUCCCCCUCAGCGUGGAAAAUUUUGCUAACUCCACACCUCUUCUCUCUGGCUCGUCGCCAGUUAGCACCACCGCGAGCUCACACAAACGAUCCGCAUCGCAAAACGCCUCGCGUUCUGUGGAUCGAAUGGUGUGCAUAGGGGAAGUUUCAGCCAGAGCAGUACCUCAUUACAACGGAAACUGUGGAACUGUCGAUUCAAACAAAACCCCAUCCUAUCCUCCAAAAGUCCCCACCAAAGUAUUACAACUUUGCGUUGACUAUCUCCUUCACUUUGUUCAAGCCGCUGAAGAUUCAAUGGUGCAUUCACAUGAGGAUACACCCACGGCUCUGCCGAUGCCGUUAACAGCACCUCUCUGCAGUCUCCUCUCGCCGUGGGAGCGGAGCUUUCUGUAUGUUAACAUCCUUGGUUAUGAUGGGAGCACCCUAAAGGCAAUGUUUAUGAUUAAUACAAUUCUUCCUGAUGGAAUACACUACAAUUACCCGGGGAUGGCUCUGGCAAAUAAGAGCGUACGCGACGUGCUCGUGAUGCGCCCACCGCGAGCGGAGGGGAUGCGAACCCUCACACAAGUUAGAAAGGCCGCACAGGAGCUUCGUAUUGACAGUCUUCAUGAACUCUGCCUUGCGUGGAUGGCAGAUUUUAUGAUACGUGCGAGUUAUGGUACCUCAAACAAUUUUGAGGCUGCACAUCUCAUACAGCAAUGCUUCGGGAUUCAGAAUGAAUGGACACGAAAGGAAAUGGAUUGUUUGAGGAUAGAAAAUGAUUGGCCGGCAAACGAGGAGGAGUGUUAA